AUGCUCUCAAGACUUGUACAUUAUGGUGUUGACGCCGUCUUACUCUCAACCGUCCUCGCAGGCGUCAAGAGAAGCACAGGAUUCACUCCAGACGUGGAGAAAUUCACGGAGGAAGAAACUACGAAAUCGAUUGCUAGCAAAUACCUUGGUGUUGGUGAAUUCUGUUAUGAUACUGUGACCGGAUAUGCAGUCAACAGCUCAUAUUUUAAAAGAGGC